AUGAAGAUGAAUGUGAAUACAGAGAAGACCGAUCAUUAUAUAGAAGUUCUGGAGUGCAAGAUUCAGUGUGAGGAGACCCUGACCCCAGUCAUAGGAGGCUAUCCUGUGGAGAAAUUCGUGGCCACCAUGUACCACUAUUUGCAGUUUGCUUAUUACAAGUUGAACGACCUGAAGAACGCAGCCCUCUGCGCUGUCAGCUACCUGCUCUUCGACAAGAAUGACAAGGUCAUGCAACAGAAUCUGGUCUAUUAUCAGUACCACAGGGACAAGUGGGGCCUGUCGGACGAGCAUUUCCAGCCCAGACCCGAAGCAGUUCAGUUCUUUAAUGUGACUACGCUCCAGAAAGAACUGUACAGCUUUGCUCAGGAGCACCUAAUGGAUGAUGAUGAGGUAAGCUUUCAUGCUCUGCACACGUCUGCCUGAGAGAAAACAUGACUCAUGUCUCUGCUAGAGUCCCUUGAAGGCCGAGUCCUCCCUUAAACAAGGAACAGAAGGACCCCCGAGAAAACAGCUGCUGUGCAGGUUUUAGUGAAAGCCAGUGCUCCGGUGUGGAAAAGUCCAACUUUCUAGGAAGCCCAGGCUGGACCGCUGCUGCUUCUGUGGGAGAAAUGUGUUUGGAAUAUGUACU